AUGGUCAUUAGACCUAGCAGCGUGUCGUCCCUCAGUAGUGAGACGCGUGGUGCUGGUGUUGGUGAACAACGUAAAAUACUCCGAGAACGAACGGUAAAUGGUGGUAUAAAUAGUCGUGAUUUACCUGCUGGACCACCUGUUGAAAUACUUCGUGAUGUCACUAGUGAUUCUUUUUCAACUCAUGCUUACAGUUGGCCGAUAUUGUUCGCUAUCAUACCUCCCAUGGGUGCGCUGGUGUACGGAAAAUCAGAUGUUUGGAGUGACUUUCUUUUACUGCUUUUAAUUGCAUUCUAUCUUUAUAACAUUAUAAAAGUUCCAUGGGAGCUUUAUUAUGCGGCAAGAUCCAGACGCGUGAUUAAUGAAAAUGCGCUUGCAGGGCAGACUGCAGAUUCUGCUCUGGAAGUUCGUCGGGCAAUGGCAGCGCGUGAAUUACGCCGCGCCGAAUUAUAUGCGCUUGGUUUGGUUAUAGCGUCACCAAUGUUUGGUGGACUUGCACUACACUACGCCAAACAAUAUCUGACAGACUAUGACAAGUAUAUAUCUCACUUCAACAUUUCCUUAUUCGUAUUUGCCUCCGGUAUUCGUCCAUUGAUGCAUGUUGCCAGUCUAGCAAAGAAUCGCACGCUUCAUUUGCAAGAACAAGUUCACUAUCCAAACACCGAAGUAGAACUUUUAAAACGACGAGUACAACAUCUCGAAUACGAGUUCUCACAACUACGCCGUGGAUUUGCAACGAAACAUGACGUGGAUCAUGUGCGAACUGGACUCGAGCCAACUAUUUCACAGUUGAAUAAAGCUGUGAGAAAAUAUGAGAAAAAAGAACAAUAUCUUCGAAAUUACUCAGAAGAACGAUUCGCUUUUCUCGAAUCAAAGUUACGCGAGUACGAUAGUUUUAUCGCAUACAGACUUCAAGAGGAUCAGGCAUUGAGUUUGCCACGAAGCAUGAUGCAAGUCAUAUUUCUCCCGUUGAAUGUCACGUUUACUUUACUCAGUUAUGCUAAAUAUUUUUUACCGUUACCGUUGCGCGGAAGACAAACUCCCAUGUUGGCUGGUUCGAAUCUUGAAGACGAGAAUUUGUUGAUGAGUCGUAUGAAUAAUAUCGAAACGAAUCAACAAGAAGACUCUGUAUCUGGUCAAGAUUUGCAAAAAUAUUGA